CUUCUUCAACUCUUCCCCUGUUUUUUCCUCUUUCUCUCUCUCUCUGCAACUCCUCGUUGCACCCAACACACCACAUGCAUGGACCAUUAACAAAUUAAUCUCUCUCUCUCUCUCUCUCUCUCUCUCUCUCUCGGCACCCUUUAUCCAAUGCGACAAAAUGCGCUUCUCAACACUGCCCACAUCGCCGCUCCUCUUCCUCCUCCUCCUCCUCCUCUGCUUCCUCUCCCCGCCAUCUUCCUCUGCUCUCACCCCCGAUGGCCUCUCCCUCCUCGCCCUCAAGGCCGCCGUCGCCUCCGACCCUACCCGCUCCCUCUCCUCCUGGUCCGAGACCGACGUUAGCCCCUGCCGCUGGGCCGGCGUCGCCUGCUCCCGUGGCCGGGUCGCCUCCCUCUUCCUCGCUGGCAGGAACCUCUCCGGCUACAUCCCCUCCGAGCUCGGCCUCCUCGGCUCUCUCAAGCGGCUCAACCUCGCCGGCAACAACUUCUCCAAGCCCAUCCCCUCCCGCCUCUUCAAUGCCACCUCCCUCGUCUCCCUCGACCUCUCCCGAAACUCGCUCUUCGGUCCGAUCCCGACCCAGAUCAAGGACCUCCGCAACCUCACCCACUUGGACCUGUCCUCCAACUCGCUCAACGGGUCGCUCCCCGAAGAGCUCGCCGAGCUCAGGAGCCUCUCCGGGACGCUGAACCUCUCUUACAACGGGUUCUCCGGCGAUGUCCCGGCGUCGUACGGCCAGUUCCCGGUGAUGGUGAGCUUGGACCUCGGGCACAACAACCUCACAGGCAAGAUACCCCAGGUGGGCUCGCUGCUGAACCAGGGCCCCACGGCGUUCGCCGGGAACCCGGGGCUCUGUGGGUUCCCGCUCUCGGCGCCGUGCCCGGAGGCGCAGGAUCCGAGGGCGUCUUCGGGGACGGAGGAACCCCGAGAGCCCGAAAACGAACCGCUUUCACGGCUCGCCAGGAAUGAUGGGAUGCAUCAGAAGAGGAGCAAUUCGUUAGUGAUACCGGUUCUUUCCGGACUCUCAGUGAUCGCAGGGGUGGUUUUCGCGUCAUUGUGGUUCGUCCGGAGGAAACGGCGGAGGUUCGGGAGAGACCAAACGGGGAAGGAGAAGGCGACGGUGAUUGUGGAGGAAGUGGCAGAGCUGGAAGGGCAAAAGGGCAAGUUCGUGGUGGUGGACGAGGGUUUCGAUUUGGAAUUGGAGGACUUGCUGAGAGCGUCGGCUUACGUGGUGGGGAAGAGCCGGAGUGGGAUCGUGUACAAGGUGGUGGUCGGGCAAGGCAGCGGUGGCGGAGGGUCCACGGGGGAGGCAGUGGCCGUGAGGAGGCUGAGCGAGGGCGACGCAGGUUGGCGGUUCAAGGAAUUCGAGUCCGAGGUGGAGGCGAUCAGUCGGGUCAACCACCCCAACGUCGUCCGGCUGAGAGCUUAUUACUACGCCAGCGACGAGAAGUUGCUGGUCUCCGAUUUCAUCCGCAACGGCUGCUUGUACUCCGCAUUACAUGGGGGACCAUCUAAGAGCUCACCGCCGUUAUCGUGGGCGUCGAGACUGAAGAUCGCUCAAGGAACUGCGAGGGGCUUAACGUACAUACAUGAGCACAGUCCUCGGAAGUAUGUCCACGGGAACCUGAAAUCCACGAAAAUCCUCCUUGACGAUGAAUUCCAGCCUUACUUAUCCGGAUUCGGUCUCCAUCGUCUUAUCUCGGGGACUCCAGGAUUCGCUGCCUCAUCGUCCAAGAAGCAUGGCUCUAAUAACCAAACCGUUUUAAGCUCCGCAAUGGAGCUGAAGAUGCCAGCUCCCUCGGUCACUUACUUGGCGCCCGAGGCCCGGGUAUCUGGCACCAAGGUCACCCAGAAGUGCGACGUGUACUCGUUCGGCAUUGUCCUGAUGGAGAUCCUGACAGGGCGGAAGCCGGACGUGGGGACGGAGAACGACGGGAAGGGCCUGGAGAGCCUCGUGAGGAAAGUGUUCCGGGAGGAGCGACCCUUGUCUGAGAUAAUAGACCCGGACCUCCUGCACGAGGUCCAUGUGAAGAAACAAGUCGUCGCUGCAUUUCACGUCGCGCUGAAUUGCACGGAGCUUGACCCGGAGCUGCGUCCUCGGAUGAGGAUGGUCUCCGAGAGCCUGGACCGCAUAAAGGUCUGGUGAUGGCCGGGAGACGAAAGUGAAGUUGCAGAGCUUUGUUUCGAGUUCCUCAAGGAGCGUUUUAAGCUUCUGGAUGUAGGAAUCAUCAUUAGUGCUUUCUUCCUCGUUUGUAAAAUCGGUAGCUGGAUUUUUCCUUAUGGAGGGUUUAACUUGUAGAAGAAGUGUGGUUCAAUCCUAGGUUGACUGGGACCUUGGAGUGAUUUUGUUGCGGGUCUUUUGCAGAUAUAAUCAGCAGCGUUUUUGUUGGCUCCUGCUUCUUUGAGCAAACAUUGGCAUGAUGGUAUCU